UAACUGGGGAGUAACUGUCCAGAAUGAAGAUACUCCAUGUUGUCUCCUGCUGUCUCCUCUCAGCUCUGUGUGUUGUGGAGUCGGCUGUCAUUCAUGUGAAGGAAGUGGUAGGAGGACAUGUCAUGUUCGGCUGCUCGUUCACUUUGGCAGGGAACAACAACAAAUACUUCUGCAAGGGGACAUGUUCUGGUAGAGACAUUCUGGUUGAAACUAAGGGGAGCAAGACUGUAGCUCAAGGUAGAUACAGUAUAGAAGACAAGGGAGAUGUAUUCUAUGUGACCAUCAAGAACCUGAUGAAGUCAGACUCAGGGACCUACUGGUGUGGAGUGAAGAGAUCUAUAAAGGACACAUUCCAAGAGGUGCAUCUCACAGUAACAGAUGCUCCUCCCACUUCUACACCGUCACCUGUCACCUCCAGAUCCCAUGUCUCCACAACCCUCCCAAACCUCUCUACAACAUCCUCUCACCUCACCACAACCCUCCCAAACCUCUCUACAACAUCCGCUAACCUCUCCACAACGUUUCUGGCAUCUGGAGAUAUCAGUGGUCCCUCUUCAUCAAUAGCAGGUCUGAUGGUGUGGACCAGUGCUGGUCUGGUAGUCAUGGUGACAGUGUUAGGACUGGUCCUGCUCCUGUUCUACAGACAGAGGAGAGGAACCAGGAGAACAUCACCACCACCACCAGUCUCCUCCAACACACAACCUGACCCUACUGGAGAGGUUGUCUGUGUGUACGAGGAGAUCAGAGAGGCAGACAGACAGACAGACACACUUCCUGUGGUCAUCUCUGUAGUCUACUCUACUGUCAAAUCACCUACCAACUCUACAACCUACCCUGCUGGUCAUUCCUCUACAACCUACCCUGCUGGUCAAGCCUCUACAACCUACCCUGCAGGCCAAGCCUCUACAACCUACCCUGCUGACCAAGCCUCUACAACCUACCCUGCUGGCCAAGCCUCUACAACCUACCCUGCUAGCUCUGCUACAGAUCACCCAGCUUCUCUCAUCUACUCCAAUGUGGAUCUACCUACAGAUUCUAGAGUCUCUUCAAGUCCUCCAACAGCCAGUGGAACCCAGGAUGAUUCCAUCUAUUCUACAGCCCAGCUACCCAAAGAUACUGUAGAAUCUACAAGAUACCCUGCUGUGCACCUCUCUAAAGACACUCCAGAAGACGCCAUCUACUCUACAGCCCAGCUACCCAAAGAUACUGUAGAAUCUACAAGAUACCCUGCUGUGCACCUCUCUAAAGACACUCCAGAAGAUGCCAUCUACUCUACAGCCCAGCUACCCAAAGAUACUGUAGAAUCUACAAGAUACCCUGCUGUGCACCUCUCUAAAGACACUCCAGAAGAUGCCCUCUACUCUAAAGCCCAGCUACCCAAAGAUACUGUAGAAUCUACAAGAUACCCUGCUGUGCACCUCUCUAAAGACACUCCAGAAGAUGCCCUCUACUCUAAAGCCCAGCUACCCAAAGAUACUGUAGAAUCUACAAGAUACCCUGCUGUGCACCUCUCUAAAGACACUCCAGAAGAUGCCCUCUACUCUAAAGCCCAGCUACCCAAAGAUACUGUAGAAUCUACAAGAUACCCUGCUGUGCACCUCUCUAAAGACACUCCAGAAGAUGCCCUCUACUCUAAAGCCCAGCUACCCAAAGAUACUGUAGAAUCUACAAGAUACCCUGCUGUGCACCUCUCUAAAGACACUCCAGAAGAUGCCCUCUACUCUACAGCCCAGCUACCCAAAGAUACUGUAGAAUCUACAAGAUAUAAUAUAGUACUAUAGAAUAUAUACAAGGAAUGUGUCCCAAAUCACACCCUAUUACCUUUCCCCCAUAUGGACCCUGGUCAAAGGCAGUGCUCUAUAGAGAACAAGGUGCCAUCUGGGAUGAAGAGAAGCUCCCUGUAGAGAGAUGAAGGGUUGUCACCACAGAGCCGCCAUCUUGGAACGACAUUAAAAAACAAUCCCUUUUCUGUUUCAAAUCCUCCUUGACACAUUGUAUUAAAACAGCUUAUGCGAUUUUAUUGAAUAUAAUGUAUGUAAAAUAUGAACACCUGGCUUCAAAAUCACUUUUAUCUCUUUAAAAUAAAUC